CUUUAAGUGCCAUAUGAUAUGAACAGGUAACACAUUGGACAUCUAGAAAAGAUAGGCCUCUGUAUAUAUGUCAAAAAGUAACUUGAAGGUCACUCGGUUACUCUCUACGCUUCAGGUUUCAAGAUUUUACAGCUAGGUUUUCGAACAUGCUGUAGAAGGAUUGUCGAAGUUUCGCAACACUAAAAAGUAACAUUGUUGUUACUACAACCAAAAGCUCCUUGUUAUAGCAGGAUUCAAGAAGCAUGGCGGCAGCACAACAUUUCAUUCCGCUGGUUGUGGUCCUCGUCUUCUGCCAAACUACAUAUGGUGCAGCAACUACCGCAACCGCCCUGAAGAACAGUACAGACAUGACCCCCUCAGCUGGCAGCCAUGGCGGCGGGCACAAGAUGUACUUCUUCGUCGACCACAGGGGAAUCACCGUGCUGUUCUACGAGUGGAAAACAGAAUCAGUAGCAGCUCUGAUUGGCUCCUGUAUCGGAGUGUUCGCCAUCGCCGUGCUGUACGAGGGCCUGAAGGUUUGGCGGGAAAUGUUGAUGGUCCGGGCACGGGACAGUGAGAAUGUGGCAUCCCAAAGCAUACAGCUGCUCACCGACAAGAAGAUCACAAGAUAUACACAGGACGACAUUAUACCGGUGGAGCCACCCCCAAGAAAGAGGGACCAGAUGUUUGACCGCAUGCACGCGCUGCAGUCUCUCCUGCACAUCGUCCAGGUCCUGGUCAGCUACGGGCUGAUGUUGGUCUUCAUGACGUUUAACGUCUGGCUGUGUCUGUCCGUGGCGCUCGGGGCAGGUGCCGGCUACUUCGUCUUCGCCUGGCGCAGGCCCAUCAUGAAUAACAUGAACGAACACUGCCUUUAAACAUGUAACCGUUGUAAUUACUUCCUAAUAACAGACUUAUCACAUUGGAUAGCAAAGAACACAAAUUUAGUAUGCAGAAACAAUGACGUGUCAGCCGUCUGGGUGUUGCAUCUCAAACGGCACCUUUUCUUCUACAAGUUAAAAGUAUUACGAUCCUGCAAACGAUAGCUUUACCCUUCUGAUAGUUAUUUGUAGUCAACUAUUUGGGGUAUUCUAGGAGUAUUAUGUUGAUCGUAUUGUCAAGACAUCGUAGGACUUCAAAUAAUUCAUUGUGGUCAUUGCAUUAGGAUUGGUGUUGGAAGUACGUAAGGAUAUCUAAAUUCAGUUGACAACAAGGGUUAACAGUAUAUGAUGCAAUGACAAUAUCGCUUUCAAUGCAUCUGAAAGUUACUUUUGCUCAGGUGAAACUUGCUAAGGGUGGGUUCAGGGUGUACAAAUACCAUUUUCUAUAAAAAGAACCAUACUGAAGAUCUAUUGAAUUUAUUUUGCUGCAUGAAAAUCAAAGAAAAAAGUCAUUCAAGGAUCCCACUGCAUUUAUUAGUCAGUCAUGUUGUCAAAAGACGGUUCAACAAUACAUGAUUAUAAUAAUUUGUGAAUUGCUGGAGCAAUAUAAUCAUAUAUUGUAUCAUAGAUUACUUUCUUCGGAAGUUUUACAUUGGACCAAUUAGAAAGAUACACACCAUACAUAUAUAUAAAGUAUGUACAUGUACUAUAGAAAUUUGUUGACAAUGCAAAGUUUGAUAGCCUUUGUACUAAUUUAACAACAUCAUCUUUUUGAAUAUAUUCAUAUGAAGUAACUUUUGGACUACAAGAUGCAUUGUUAACCCAAGCUGGGCUUACAAGUCGUGAAACAGUAGGCAACAUGUGAUCAUGAUAUGUAAUAGAUUUGAUGCAAUGAA